UCCAUCAUUGAUGCAGAGGAGGUGAGAGAGGAACAUCACUGCACUUGCUGCUGCUGUGCAACCACUUCAACCUGCUGUUCUUCUGCUGCAACAUCUCAAAGGCACCUGCUUUUCAUUUUCACACGAGAAAACUGAUUUUUUUUCUACGCCUUUUAAGCCGUUUGGGUAGCCUAAUGUUGCCGUGUUGUGGAAAUGCUGAAGUCCAGAUGAGUCGCGUCUCUGUGGUUUAGUUGAGAGUGUGGGCAGAGCCGAUCUGGACUGAACUGAAUCCAUUAAACACGAUCACACAGAGAGGAUGACCAUACCGACACGGGAGGAUGAAGUCAACGCCUCUUUGACUUGUUUUAAUUAGUUUUUAAAAACUGCGAGAAAACUAAAUCUGGAAAUAUUUGUUUUCAACGUUAAAAGUCACAUUAACCGUAUGAAUAUAAACAAACGCGUCAUUUGAAGUAGAAAAUUCGUAAACAAUGGGAAAUUAGCGUCGUCUGAGAACUUUGAUCACAUCUAAUAUCCGGCAAAAGGUUUUUUUCCACCUUUUUUUUCAGAAACAUUAACUUUGGAUUUCCACAAUGGCAAUAAACACAGAUAAGGAGUUUGCGAAAUCGAAUCUGGGGGAGAGCGGCGGAACGCAACCAGCCGAGACCGAGAAACUCCUCGUGACCACCGAGCCCACCGGAGUGAAGACCUCCAGCUCCUUCGCGGUCAGUGUCGGGGGAGACAAGGGUCUCGACGGGGAUCAGAACGGCCACAGUCUGCCGCUGAGAGCCGGAUCAGUGGGGCAGCUCGGGGCCGCUCCUCGCUCCCCGUCCAGAGUGAGCAUGAGCCGCGCUUCAUCAAUGGUUAAUGUCGCCCAAGAGCAGCAGAAACCCAAAGACUACCUCAUACUGGUCAUUUUGUCCUGCUUUUGUCCCGUGUGGCCACUAAGCAUCGUUGCAUUGGUCUACUCAAUUAUGUCCAGAAACAGUCUACAGCAGGGGGACAUGGAUGGGGCAAGACGCCUGGGACGGUUGGCUCGCUUUCUUAGCAUCGUGGCCAUCGUCGUGGGGCUCCUUAGCAUCAUAAUCUAUGUGGUGGUUGCAGUAACUGGAUAGAGGGCAUAGUAAGGACGAGAAACCCAUCUACAGCACUACUGCAAACAAAAGAAAAACCUCACCCAUGAUGUAAUAGAAAUAAGAUCUCUCUCUUAACAAUAAUGCCAAACAAGUUCAGAUAAAAAGAAACGAGGACUGUAGCAAUUAAAUAAGAUAGCUAAAAUGCAUGCAGUAGGUUAGCAUGCUCAGUGAAAGAAAAAAAAAAUCCCAUACGUUAAAAAGAUCAGUGAUCGCUUGCAUUAUGUAAAUGAGAAACAUUGCUGUUUCGGCAAGAACUCGCCUGAGGAUGACACAAAGGACAAGGGGACUUUUUUUUCAAAGAUGGUGUAUGAAAAUCUGCAUUUGAACCUUAUAUUACUCCUGGUUGAUCUUGCAUUUGAGAAUUGUGCACAAAAAUAUUCGCAACAUAACUACUGAUAUAUGUUUUAUAAAGAGAUUUAUAAGUGGAGCUUAAGAGAUGGGAAUGAACUAGGGAUGGUAAGAGUGUAAGGAAUGGUUAUUGGGGUUGGAGUUUUCAUUUGGAUUUAUUUUGUAUGUUUUGAUUAUAAAAAAAUGACCAAAAUGACCACACGCAUGCCUGAUCCCGUAUGUAAAUAACUGUCAGCAUUUAUCAUUACUAUGUUUUUCAUCUGUAAGAGUAGAGGGUAUUUAAAGAUGGGAAUGUACAUCAUUGUCCAGUGUAUCAAAAUGCUAUAUUCUCUCAAAGGCACGAUGUUCAUGGAGAGCUCUAACUUUAGCCCUGAGGUUCCACUACACGUCCCAUACUAGUAUAAAUUCUCUCCGAGAGGUAAUACUGUAUCGUUAAGCAUGCCAGCCCUCUCUUCUCUGACAAAAACUGCUGGAGCAUGGACAUUCAUCUAGAGGCAUGCAACGGCCAGCACCAUUCUGUGCCAAGACCUUUAUAUCAGUAUGCUAAACAAAUCACAGGACUGAUCAUCUUUACCUGGGGUUCUUUCCCUGUUAUAAAUCUCCCUACUUAUCCCUUAUUAAUAUGAUAUGAUACAUAUAUUUAUAGAAAUAUUUAGGCAUGCUGUGGGUGGAGAAAACACUUUUUUAAAUCUUCACCUAGAAUGGGCUUAUGUGUACAGGACUUUGCUUUGACACGUCUCAGUGUUUAUUGCAUCUCUGAUUGCUAAUCUAUCGAUCUGAUGAUAUUAUGUGAAAAUUACAGAUUGUAAAAUCAGAGGUACAGUACAGAUUCAUAACAGCACUUAUCUGGCAAGUUAGUUAGACUGAGUGACGGUAAAGAAGGAAAUGUUUCGCAGCUCAGUCUAUUGAUCUGCUUCAUUCAUGCUGAAUUAAGUAUUUUACUGCCCUAGAUUUCAAAGCACUUUAUCACUUACUUUUCAUUAAUAUUCUCAUAUCCUGUCAAUACUUUUGCAUCCUAAAAGUAUGACUUUCAUGUACAAUCUCCUAAAAGUAGACUGUUAGUACUUAUUUCAUUUAUAAGCAUUAUGCUGAAUAAUGUACUGUUAUGUGAAUUCAUGUGAUCUAAUGCUUUUUGUCCGCUUCUCAUGACUCUUUUGUUCACUAUAAGCAAUGGUGUUACUGUGUUGUUCAUAAACCCCAUUAUGCCAGUAUGAAUGAGAUGCAAAAACACUGCUGUGUGUCUUUUAAAACUGUGAUUUAUUAUAUUCAACUUUGGAUUCUUGGUUCACUUGUAUAUCUGUUUUUCUAUGUUAGGUUACUGUUGUACCUUUGCAAGUGUGAAAUAAACAUUAACAUGCAUGGUCCACAA